GUCCAAUCACUGUCCAAGGGAGAGAAAAGGCAACAGAAGGAAACAAAGAAGUGUCUUCUAUUCUUCAGGGUGUACAAGUCAAACAAUUUUUUUCACUAAACCUUAGGCAUGGAUGACCCAGAAAUCCGUCAACAGAAGCUUGAAAAUCAGGUGUCGCUGGUCAUCCAGUCUCCUGUUUUCCCUCCAGAGAAUUCUUCUAAUUAAGAAGCAGCAAAGAAGGAGAGCUGAUACCCAAAUGCUGAAAGCAAAUUGUGAUGUUUGGCCCAAGACCAGGAAGCUGAAAUUUGGGGCAGAGGACAAGACUCCCUUGGUCAGCCAACCACAGAGUUAUACAUCACUGAAAACCGGUGACGAUGUGACAGUCACCCCCCCCGACAGCCUUGACAUCCCCUUGGAAGAGAUCAGCCUGGACGAGGGGAACUUUCCGUCCAACAAAGCUGCAAGGCCUACGGUAACCAGGAAGAUCCAUUUACAAACUGAUCAUGAAUCACGAGACAUUGGAGUUGAAACAAGAAGUUGGUCAGAGAAACAAACAAAAAUCAAGAAAAAAGUCGGCAAAGAAGAAAACGAAACAGUGGUUCAGAUUAAUUUUGGGAUGGCAUAUAAGAUGUGUGAGCAUGCGACCAGUGAGCAGGACAGAGACGACCCGCCUCGUGACGCUGACUGGACAUUCCCUGUGGAGACAUGUCAGCCUGUGACAUCAAAGAGUCAAACUAGCGACAGUGAUGAUGAAGAGGAGACAGAAGAGGAGAGCGAUGAAGAAGAGGAAGAAGAUUUGCAAACUUUUACAAAGGUUAAAAAAAGGGAUGGGGACACUCGAUGCCUUGCAGAUUUCAAUACUAAUCGACGGCACUCAUUCUCAGACAACAUCUCAGAUGGAAGGUCUUUCCCCCUCUCCAUAGAGGACCUGGGACAGUUCGCUCUGCGCCCUGCUCCAAGAGACUCAACAAUCCAAUGCAGGAUAACACGGGACAGAAGAGGCAUGGAGAGAGGAAUUUACCCCACAUAUUACCUCCAUCUUGAGAAAGAAGAUGGGACACGGGUCUUUCUGAUGGCUGGCAGGAAGAGGAAAAAGAGCAAAACCUCAAACUACCUGAUCUCCACUGACCCAACCGACUUAUCCAGAAAGACAAAGAGCUACAUAGGCAAAUUACGGUCCAACGUGCUGGGUACUAAAUUCACUGUGUUUGACGGCGGGGAAAAUCCAGAAAAACAGCCUUUUAUCAAAGAGACAGAGAUGCUUCGCCAGGAACUUGCAGCCAUCUGCUAUGAGAAAAAUUUGCUGGGGUUUAAGGGCCCGAGGAAGAUGGCUGUGAUUAUUCCUGGAAUGAGGGCAAAUGAUGAGAGAGUCAUUAUCUGCCCUAAAAAUGAGCUUGAGUCGCUGACCUGUCGUUAUGAGAAUGGCAAUACGGACAACCUGGUGUGCCUGGGAAAUAAGUCACCAGUGUGGAACGAACAGACACAGUCCUACGUGCUCAACUUCCACGGGCGUGUUACUCAGGCUUCCGUCAAGAACUUUCAGAUCAUCCAUCCUGACAAUGUGGACUACAUCGUCAUGCAGUUUGGCCGUGUUUCAGACAAUGUCUUCUCCAUGGAUUACAGCUUCCCGCUGUGUGCUCUUCAGGCCUUUGCCAUCACACUGUCCUCCUUUGACGGCAAACUGGCGUGUGAAUAAGUACCACUGCAUGGGUGAUGAUUUCAUACGGCUUUGUUAUUUAUGUCCAGUCCAUAUCACCGGUUAGUCUCAUGUCAUCUGCUCAUUAUUAAUUGGAAACUUAAGUGUUCAUUAAGAAGUGUCUGCUUUUAUUAUUUC